AUGUCCAGCACCGGUAGUCACUUCGACGGAAGCUCCGGAGACGAGGAGGAGCUGGCGCUUCGUAUUGCGCUCGAGUGGUCACGGGUCGAUAUGGGCGGCAGCUCCAGGUGGGAGGACAACGUGGGGCGCUCCGUCCCCACCACAAAGUUCCGCCCCCGCAAUCCCGAGCGGCGGGACAGUUAUGUGCUCGACUGCCGCCAUGGCCGCAUUCUUCUUGGGUGUAGGUGGUACGAUGAGGGGGAGGAGGAAGCUGACGAGCAGUUGAAAGAGGAAGAAGAUGAUAUCGAGGAGGACGGUGAGGGGGAAGAAGCUGACAAGGAGGAGGAAGAAUAUGAUACGGAUGAGGAGGGGGAGGAGGACGACGAAGAUGAAGAUGAGGGGAAGGAAGAUGACAGGGUCUCGAAGAUGGUCGUCUGGGACCCCGUGUCGGGAAAGCCGAAUCCAGUUGCGCGGUCUUGA